AUCCAGAUGGCAGCAGCGGCGUUUCGGGCGUUCAAAGCUUUUCUUGUUUAUGUAUUUUGGUUUGACGUUUGACAUUGGCGAAUUUUGGCGACACAUGUGAGAAAAAACAGGCGCCGGAGCUUUAAUUUGUAUGAUCACGAUCUUGCUUUUCCCAAGGGCGGUUCGCACACCCUUUCAUCAGGUCACGAUGACCCUAGUUUAAUUUAAAACGGGCCGGACUUUUUCCGCUUGUUUGAUCUCGACCUUCAAAGAGCACCGAACGCACCAUGAUCUUUUCGUUGUAAAUCGCACCUUGAAUUUCGAGCCAUGUCUUCCCAGGAGCAGAAGGCGGCGGCGGACCUGAUGGACUAUCUGGACCAAAAGACGACGGAGGAGACAAGCAAAGUGGAGACUGCGAACGGCGGCGGAGGAGAAUCGCUGAUGGACGGAAAGGGACUGCGGCUGAACAGCCACGACGAGCGAAUGCACACGAUGCGGGAGCGCGCGUCGCACAACAACCGAUUCUACGAGUUCUGCUGGCACGUCGGAAACUGCCUCGAGUGCUGUCUCAUGUGCAUGAUCUGUUGUUGUGAUCGAUCAGAGUGAAUGACCUCGUCAUGUGCCAAUCCAGUAGACACCUAGGUCGGCCAGCGAAAAGUGCCAAUUUUCUAUUAUUGCAUACGUGAGAUUGAUUUUUGAACAAGGAUAAUUUAUUUCAGUGUAGUUUUACAAUUAGUGGCGAAUGUAGCCAAAUUUUGCUCUCUGAAAGUUGCAUUUCAUAAAUUAAAUGGAUUAAAAGUUGGUUGAUGUGAAAUGUCAAAUAAUGUAAAAAUAAUGAAAAUAAUAUUCAAUUUUUUUUUUUUUAAAUUUAUUAAAGGUUUGCUGAAGACGUGCCAAAAUCGUGCUAUUUAAAUUUGCAUAUUUGUGCAGAAGAUAAAAUCUUCUGUUACUCUCCUUGCGGGCUGAAUUCAAAUUAUAGGGGCCUUCGCAAAAGUGAAUUUCUAAUUAUUGACGUCACUACCUGAUGACUCGCCUUUAAUCGUUUUCCUCCUCGAGCGUGUAAUUAAUUAAAAAUUUCAAAUUAAUUAAAAUGCUUGUUUGAAGUUUCAAGUUGGGCCUAAUUGGAGAGUGACAAUGUUUUCGUGACUCACACACGCCGCUGGAGUCGAUUAUUUCGCCAGUCUGGCCGGCAGCGCGAUUGAAAAGCAUGCUCGGUGACGUCACCGCGGCUGGAAACGGGCGACGGGAUUUGCUUCUUUCUUUGCUUGGCCGCAGAGAGCGCUGCUCCCUCCGGCCACCGAUCGCACAAGAAGAAGUUUAUUCUGGGGCCGAAGCGCUCAGUCUGCAGUCUGGUCCGGCGACGCUGCGUCCACGAGGUCCCAUCUCUGAACACAAACUUCAUUCCUGCCUCCCGCAGCCCAAUCACUUCAGCAGACCUGGGUGGCGGGAGCGGCGUGUGCGGCGGCAAGAUGCGGCUGGCGGACCCCGAAAUGGGGGGCCAGGCCCCGUGGGCGUCGCUGCUGAAGCCCCUGGCCGAGGAGCGCGCCCUGGAGCCAGCGCCGCCCCCCGCCGAGCAGCCCCCCGCCGUCGGCAGGGGGCAGGCCAAGCCCCCCAUGCGGCGCCGCCACACCCUCGGCGAGACCUUCAACGCCACCCUCUCGCCCCUGCUCAACCCCCUCAUGCACUACGACCAGGUCGACGCCAACGCCAAGGUCGUCGCCCCGCAGAACUCCUCGCCCUUCAGACGGCUUUCGAGGUUCAGCCAGCGUCGUUUUCGGCGGCGGGUGGUGUUCAAGGGCGGCGACUGCAACGUGACGCAGUCGAACGUGGCCAAGCGGCGUCGGCGCUACCUGCAGGACAUCUUCACGACGCUGGUGGACGCGCAGUGGCGCUGGACGCUGCUCGUGUUCGCGCUCAACUUCCUGCUGUCGUGGCUCGGCUUCGCCGUCCUCUGGUUCCUCGUCGCCUACUCGCACGGCGACCUCGCCUCCUCGCCGGACAACAACGCCACCUGCGUCACCAACCUCAACACCUUCACCGCCGCCUUCCUCUUCAGCGUCGAGACCCAACACACCAUCGGCUACGGAUCCAGGUACAUUUCUGAGGAGUGCUGGGAGGCGAUGGUGGUGAUGUGCGUGCAGUGCAUCGCCGGCGUGAUGAUCCAGGCGUUCAUGGUGGGCAUCGUGUUCGCCAAGUUGUCGCGGCCCAAGAAGCGGACGCAGACGCUGCUGUUCAGCCGGAACGCGGUGAUUUGCCAGCGCGACGGGCAGCUGUGCCUCAUCUUCAGGGUCGGCGACAUGCGCAGGUCGCACAUCAUCGAGGCGCACGUGCGCGCGCAGCUCAUCAAGCAGCGAAUCACGAGCGAGGGCGAGUGCAUCCAGUUCUACCAACACGAGCUGCGCGUGGGCGGCGAGGGCGCCGACGACGACCAGAUCUUCUUCAUCUGGCCCACCAACAUCGUGCACAAGAUCGACGCGUCCAGCCCCCUGUACCACAUGAGCGCCGCCGACAUGGUGCGCGAACGCUUCGAGCUGGUCGUCAUCCUCGAGGGCGUCGUCGAGAGCACCGGCAUGACCACCCAGGCCAGGUCCUCGUUCCUGCCCUCGGAGAUCCUGUGGGGCCACCGCUUCCAGUCCAUGGUCGACUUCAAGCCCGAGCGCGGCGAGUACGAGGUCGACUACAGCAAGUUCAACAACACCACCGAGGUCGAGACGCCGCUCUGCAGCGCCAGCGACCUCGACCAGCUCAAAAAGUGCAUCAACACCAACAACACAAUUAUCGAGAAGAAAGAACGGGACCGGAAGGUGAGUCUGCCGCCGCCUCCGUCGCAGCCGCCGUCGCCGAGCCAGCACCAGGAGGAGGCGGACGAGGCCCUUGACUUGCCGGGGCCCGAGUCGCGCAUCUAGCCUAACCUGCCAGGGGCAAGCAGUGAUCUCUCCGUCUGAAUCUCAACCAGGGUCCAAAAACGCCGCCAGAGCAAGUUAAAAGACAAAAAAAUCAAACCCUUCAAGUCUCUCUACAAGUAUUUCCUCUUCUCUCUCUAUUUUUGAAAAUUGAAAUUCUCUCAAGUGUGGCCGCAGCAAAAC